UUCAGUGCUAUGAUGAAAAAUAUUUCGUCUGCGGAUGUUGGGCUCGCGUACGGGUUUGUCCGCCGCACGUGGUUCGGCAACAUCCACUAUCAACUCGCGCGGUCGGGCUAUGGAUCUGUCGAUGACCGCCGCCGCCAGGCCAUUAACGGCGACGUUAUCACUGAUCCUCGCAUCCCUCCGCGUCGAGUAUGGGACUUGUACAGCAACCGCGUCCUCCCCUUUCGGGUGCUCCUCGGAGCAGAUGUACCGAUGAAAUUGUGGGCAGUAUCUCACAGUUGGGUUCCUGAUUCGCAGCUCAAGCACGUAUGGACACCCAUCAACGGCUAUAUGUGGCCAGUGCCCAUCCCUUUGGAUGUCGACCUCAGUCAGAUCCGCAUCGAGCUGCUCAACCUAGGGGCCGAGUACGUCUGGCUGGACGUGCUCUGUCUCCGACAGGAGAUCCCGCCAGCCACCAUGCUACACCAUCCGAAGCGAAAUAUGGAAGAUAUGCAGCAGUGGCGCGACUCCUGCGAACGAACUCGAAGAGAAGAGUGGCGACUCGAUGUGCCGACCAUUGGGUAUGUCUACCGGUGCAAGCCCUCCCAGGUGGUCGUAAGUUAUUUCAACGGACUUGGGAGGCCUUUCCGACUGUCCGCAGAGUCUCUGGAGGGGGAAGAUAGCGCAAACCAUUGGAUCAACCGUGUCUGGACGAUGCAGGAGGCCACGUCGAACUGGUUUCUCGGCGGACUCACACCCCAACCAUUCGACGAGGGUGAGCCAGGUGUAUCUGAUACUAUCAAGCUCUUCCAUCAGCGGAUGAGCGACCUGCUCGCCGUACUUCCCCAAGGCCAGACUCCUCCCGACCUUUUCGCGCUAGUCAGCUUUCUCCGGCUGCGUCACGCUCGUCGCGAGAACGACUACGUCAGUGGUCUCGGCUAUCUUCUCCAGUGUCCGGUCAUACCGAUCUAUGAUGAGACAAUCUCUGUUGAGAUCGCAUGGGAGCGUCUCGUGUGCCAGCUAGAAUCCAAGUCUCUGACUGACCUCCUCUUUCUAUUCCCCAUUGCCGGUACCAAUCCGAAGGCUCGAUGGCGGCCGAGCUGGGGGCGGCUCUUGCGCGAUCCUCUGACACCUCUCUCCACCUCCUCAGUCGCGUACCUGCGGCAGGAUCUCGUCCGCUACGACCCUGGGUCUGGUGAAUACUCAAAUAUUGCAUAUAUCGUCGACCGCUGCGUCCUCCAUUCUACUGGGACAGCUGGUCGUCUGCAGCUGCAAGUCCCGAUUGAGCCGAGCGACGGGGACCAAGCGGCGCCUCGGUUUAUCACCAUCGCUAUCAGUUCUAGUAACCCUUCCCUAGGCAAGCCCCUGGCCGACGCUGAGUACACUAUUGCUGCGACUGCCGAUCUCAAGUACUGGCUGUAUGGAAAACCCGUCCGAGAGAGCAAAAAAUCUAUAACUCUGGAGAAGUGCGGCACCUUCGUUGUGGACGAUGCCGAGGAUAUAGAGACGCUCUGGCACUUGAACCCGGGGUAUGCUGACAUGCGAGUAAUCUAUGCUUGAGAUUGCUUGUAAGUGCUUCGACUAAGCUCCUUG